AUGGGUCAAAAUCAGACAAGGGAUGCAUUGGCAUCCAGUCUGCUAGAGGCAGCUCAAGAAGUUAGACCACUAACCAAACAACAGUCGAAGAAGGAUGAAGAUGAAGAAUGGCAACCGAAAGAUGAAACCAAAAAGAGACAACACACUCCUGUCGAGAAGUCUUCAGAGAGUGAAUUCGCUGGAACAACCCCGAGAAAAAUAGAGAAGGUGAUAUCUGCAGUCAAUGGAUUCGACCCUUUCGAGUUGACCAGAGAUGUGUUCGAAAACAACCUGGACCGAUUGGAAAAUGUGUGGAAAGAAGACAGGGAGCGUGUGAACAAGUUCGUGGGCAUGCGUGACAUCUACGGUCUCACCCCUGUGCACUUGGCCUUCAGACUGAAUAGAGAGGAGUACCUGCAGAUGUUCCUCCACUCUGCCAGUCCAGACUUCUUCCAGCGCAACGAGACCAUUCUGGACGAGGCUGUCAACAUGGGAGACAGUUUCAGGAAUCUUAUCAAAGAAGUCCUAAUCCACCAGUUGAAGUUUGGGUCCAAACUGGUCAACAUCGGGUUCGCUCUUCUGGAGAAGCUGGUCCAGCAGUCCAAUGACUUCUUCUGCGAGUACAAGUGGAAUGUGAAGACGUGGAUACCCCUGGUGUCCAAGUACCUCCCCCGAGACACCAUCACUAUUUACAAAAAGGAGUCAUGUGUCCGAAUUGAUACAAGGAAUCUUCUCAUUUUCCGCAAAUUGGAAGAUUUUCUCAAAAAUUCCCCGAAAAUAAGAUAA